GCUCACAGUAGUGAACAAUCUCUUUCUUAAAAUUAUACCUCAGAAAUGGCAAGUCUAAUGCUCAAAGUUGUACCAGUAGUUCUGUUUAUGAUCUUCUAUGUUAGCUCCUCUGUGGCACCAUCUGAUACUUACAUCAUUCACAUGGACAUCUCAGCUAUGCCUAAAGCUUACUCUGAUCACCAUAACUGGUAUUUGUCCAUGCUUUCUUCCAUCUCAGACACUUCUAAAGCAACUGCAACAUCCACCACUAUCAUUAAUUCUAAACUUAUCUAUGCUUACACCAAAUCAAUCCAUGGAUUUAGCGCAGUUCUUUCUGCUUAUGAGCUUGAAGCUCUUAAAAAGUUUCCAGGUUACAUUUCUUCCACCAGGGACCAUCCUGUUACAGUUCAUACAACACACACUUCUCAAUUUCUUGGGUUGAGCUCAUUCUCUGGCGCCUGGUCAGCCUCAAAUUAUGGUGAAGAUGUCAUAAUUGGUUUAGUUGACACUGGAAUUUGGCCUGAGAGUCAGAGUUUUCAUGAUGAAGGAAUGACAGAAGUUCCAUCCAGAUGGAGAGGGAAAUGCAUGGCUGGAACCCGGUUUAAUUCUUCUUUGUGUAACAGAAAACUUAUUGGAGCUCAGUUUUACAACAGGGGUCUGAUUGCUAACAAUCCGAAGGUAAAAAUUUCAAUGAACUCACCAAGGGAUGUCAGUGGACAUGGUACACAUACUUCAUCCAUAGCUGCUGGUAGCUAUGUAAAAGGUGCAUCUUAUUUUGGUUAUGCCACUGGUACUGCUACUGGCAUGGCUCCUCGAGCUCGAUUGGCCAUGUACAAAGUUGUUUGGAAAUAUGGGGUCUAUGCAUCCGAUGUUGUAGCAGCAAUAGACCAAGCUUUGCAAGAUGGGGUUGAUGUUUUAUCUGUGUCUUUGGGCAUAAGCUUGGGUGAUACACUUCUGAAAGAUGAUCCAAUUGCUGUAGCUACUUUUGCAGCUAUGGAGAAAGGCAUAUUUGUGGUAGCAUCAGCUGGAAAUGAUGGCCCUCUCUAUUGGAGUUUAAUCAAUGGGGCACCAUGGCUAUUGACAGUUGGUGCUGGCACCUUAGAUCGCAAAUUCGAAGGAAUUUUAACUCUGGGCAAUGGUUUUCAAAUUCACUUUAAUUCCUUGUAUCCUGGAAAUUAUUCAUUAAGAAGAAUGCCCCUUGUUUACAUGGAUGGAUGUGAUAGUGCAGCAGAAUUGAAAAAAGUAAAAAACACCAUUGUUGUCUGCAAGGACAAUUUGAGUAUAAGUGAUCAAGUUGAUAAAGCAAUCUCUGCAGGAGUUUCUGGAGCUGUUUUCAUCUCCAGCAAUUCUUAUUCAGAGCUCUAUACCAGAAGUUCAUUUCCAGCAGCAUUUAUUGGUCUACAUGAUGGACGAUUAAUAACAGACUACAUAAAGAAGAACAUUAACCCAACAGGAAGUUUUCAAUUUCGAAGCACAGUUAUUGGUACAAAGCCAGCACCAAGAGUAGAUAGCUAUAGCUCCAGAGGUCCAUUUCUGAGCUGCCCUCGUGUCCUAAAGCCAGACCUUUUGGCCCCUGGCUCAUUAAUCUUAGGAUCAUGGUCUCCCAUCAGUUCAGUUGCUGAGGUUGGUUCACAUUUCUUGUUUAGCCAUUUCAAUCUCUUAACAGGCACCUCCAUGGCCACGCCACAUGUGGCAGGUGUGGCUGCACUGAUAAAGGCAGCACACCCGCAUUGGAGCCCUGCAGCCAUUCGGUCAGCCCUCGUGACCACAGCCAAUUCAUUAGACAACACUUUCAACCCUAUUGAAGAUGUUGCAAAUAAUAAUUUCCCUGCAUCUCCACUGGACAUUGGAGCUGGUCAUAUUAAUCCCAACAAGGCUCUUAAUCCUGGUCUUGUUUAUGAUGCAACACCAGAGGAUUACAUAAAUCUUCUGUGUGCCAUGAACUGCACAACUACACAAAUCCGAGUCAUUACAAAGUCCUCUCACAAUUGCAUUACCCGUUCUUCGGAUCUAAACUACCCGUCUUUCAUCGCUUUCUUUAAUAUUUAUGAUUCAAACCCAGAAGGUAAAAUUGUACAAGAAUUUUGGAGGACAGUAACUAAUGUUGGGGAGACAGGAGCAAGUUACACUGCAAAUCUGAUAGGCAUGGAUGACUUAAAAGUCUAUGUGGAGCCUCAGAGAUUGGUAUUCAAGCAAAAGCAUGAGAAGAAAAGCUACAAGCUUAGUUUGGAGGGUCCAAAAUUAUUGAAAAAGGUGGUGGUUUAUGGCUCUUUGAAUUGGGUAGAUGAUAAUGGUCAGUAUGUGGUAAGAAGCCCAAUUGUUGCCACAAGCCUUGUUCCAGAAUCUCCGUGAGUAUAUUAUUUCAUGAUUGUAGUAUAAGGUCAUGUGAAGUUUAAUUUAGCUUUUAGCUACCUUUAUUUACCCCAUUCUUCCCCUAAUCUUUUGUCCUUUUUCUUUACAUCAUUAUAUCAAUAAAGCAAAACUGCCAAAGAACUUUUAAAGGAAAAAGUCCUCUCGGCAAAUGCUGUCACUUGAGGGGAAAGGGCAUCAUUGCAUUACUAAAUUAUCAUUAUUGUCUAA